CGCUAUUACAAGAGAAUAUUCAAUUAGCUUCAUUAAGGACAUCAGGACAAAUUGCUCUCCAUUCGUGAGGCCGUUACCGAGGAAGAAGGUCGAAAGUGCCGUGAUGUCGUACCGCUCUUGACGGCCGGCCAUAUUAGCCUACAUAAGCCGACGGGAAUUCAUUACCAGACAUGCGCGCGCAUCGUCUGGGGCAAAUCAUUCGGUAAUGGCGGCGCCGGUUAAAAUUGACGGUUAGUCAAAAUUGUAAUAAUUUACUCUAUAAGUAUAUUAGAGUAUGCGUGCACUGCUAACUGAACAUAAUAUCCCAGUUUUUCUGCCACUACCCGACGGUCGUCUCUGUCGUCCCAUGCAGCAAAGGCGUCAUCGAAGCAAAUGGUAGACAACAGCGAUUUCUACGAUCAGCCGUAUAUUUGUCUACAACUAAUGGACAAUGCCUGCUGUUUCACCUAAUAGCAUGCAACGUCCAAGUAUGAGUUGCUGUUCCACACGCAGAGAAUGGGCUUCUGACACGUUGCUGACAAAGAAAUAUCAUGCCGACCAAACUGUUACUUCUGGUAUCGUUAGUGGCCAGUAUCACGGCAGCGCCUCUACAGGACACCCUGGACAACAGACUGCAAACCGAGGAUGCGGCUACUCCGGAGGAACUCGUAGUUAGCCCAACCAAGGACUCAUCCACGAUACCAAAAGACAUCCAGGAGGAAGACUUCCGGAAUCCCAGAAAUCUUCAGGGCGAAUACAAUAGACAGUCCAGUCCGGAAUUAGAAAGCGUCGACGGCGUCGUCGCCGAGGAAGCAAAAACUAAAUCCUCGAAGAAGGGACGCAAGCACAAAGCCUUCUUCAUAGACUACCCCUACGUCCCGCAAAUACCAAGCUUCCCGUCUUACGACAAUUACGACGACCUCGAGACAGAGGGUCGCACACCAGGCAACCGGAAGCGCUACCAAGAGAGCAACAUCUACUACAUCCGCCUUCCGCCCACGCCUUACAUGUUCGUACCCGGUCUCGGUUACAUCUCACAACCCCCGACCUACUCUACGGCACCCUUGAGACCUCAGCUCGCACCCUUGAGACCAUACAGACCACAGAGUAUUUAUCAACCUUCGAUCAACCCCUUCAUAAACCUGCCAAUCGACUUCGUCAGCAACGGCAAACCCACUUCCGUCUAUCAGUGGCAGAGCUCAGCAUUCAAACCGUCCAAGAGGCCUGAAAGUCAAGUAGCCAACCUGGACAAGGGACCCUACUUCUUCAACGGCAGGCCCACCAGUCUCUACCUACUGAGACCCGACGGUCAAUCAUCAGUACAUCAGCCCAUUCAGUAUCCGGACUAUCAAGACAACAAUUACUAUUAAAUAAGAUUACUCAUUAAAACUCUUAUUCGAUAUGACGACACAAUCAGUGCGAUCCAGAGAUACCUGCUGGAACAUCCUCAAUGAGGAUUGUCCUUUGGGCCCCUUAAUUUUCCUUAUUGCUACAAGGAUCCGUGAAUGGAUCUGCCGAUUGUAUUAUUUCACGAAGACAUUGUUUGUCGAUUAGAUUAUUAAUUUUUAUUUAUAAAACGAAACUCACCCACGUGACACGGUGACUUAUAUUAUGUUAUUAUAAGUGAUCAUAGGAUUGUUAACGUCCGUUUCUCUAGCGCGACGAGACUCGAGCUCUCCUAGAGUCAAAAGUGACAGAAAGACAAAAUGAAUGCGAGUAAACGAGUGAACGAUUGAUUAACGAGUUAUUAGCAAAAAUCUAAAUUAUUUAUGAGGGAACGUGAGACACUGGCAAUCACGUGCGACAGUUGUGCUUCGUCGUUACAAUUGCGUGUAAGACUGUUUGCUCAAAACUAAUUGUUACAUUAGCUGCGACGAUAAGCCUCGCGAUUAUUAUAUUUCCACAUGAAAAUAUUUACUCAACGAAUCGAGUGACGCUUCCUGCUCAUUGGGCUCUCUUACUUAAUAUUACGUAUUUAUAUAUUUAAAAUGUUUUAUAUUAUAUAUAUUUAUUGUCACGUAACUUGAACGAAGUGCGUGAAUGUUUUUUUUUUUACAAAUAAGAGCUACGUUCUCGUAGCGCCAUAUUCAUAUAUUGUAUCUCUCAGAUAUAACCAGACGUCUCUGACCUCCCCCUGUCCCUCCCCAAAUGAGAGCGAUACACGUUAUACUAGGUGACUAGCCAGAACCAAUUUUUUUUAUCCAUUAAAAAAAAGGUAAAAAAUGUUACAGUGUGAUUGGGCCGUUAGGAGGGUGGACGGAAGGGGGUUACAAGGCCAAAAGAAACACAAGGUCGAUAUCCAUCGCGUUUGGUUUCUUUUCCCACAAUU